AUGCGCCUCCCCUACGCGCCAUCGACCCCACCCCCCAACUCGCCCCCGUCCGUCAGCGAGAUCUACGAGCGCAUCGCGGCGCGCCGCAAGCCGCGGCCCCUGAUCCCGCUGGACCUGACGCUGCUGCACUCGCCGCCCGUGGCGAGCGGGUACAACGCGUUCGUGGGCGCGCUGCGCACCGAGACCGUCGUGCCCCAGGCUCUGCUGGAGCUGGCCGUGUCGCGCGUCGCCGUGCUCACCCGCGCCGUCUACGAGUGGAACAUCCACGCCGCGCUGGCCCUGAAGGCCGGCGUGACGCCCGAGGCGUUGGAGGCGGUGCGGGCCGUGGCCAAAGGGGACGUGGGCAGGGGAGCGGGAGAGAAGUCGACGGCGGCGGCAGCAACAGCAGCAUUAAGUGACAAGGAGGUCGCCGUGCUGAGGUAUACCGACGAAGCCACGGUCGACGUGCACGUCCAGGACGCCACCUUCGCCGCGCUCAAGACGCACUUCACCGACCGCGAGAUCCUGGAGCUGGCCACCGUCGUCGCCGGCUACAACGCCGUUAGCCGCAUCCUCGUGCCCCUGGACGUCGGCGAGAACAACGACAAGCCCAUGAAGACGGUCGACGAGUUGGUCGCGGCCGCUCGGGCUUGA